AUGAUGCAACAAACACAUGAUCCCCCAUCAAUAGAUGAAGAACUUAUAAAACUUGUUGAUUCAUUGAUGACGCAAGAUCCCCGCCAUGAUGAAAUCAUCCAAGAAAAGUUAUCGCAAUAUGAAUUAGAAUUAAUAGAAGAUGAAUUACAUAAUGAAACUACUCCAAAAUUUGAUUAUGGAACUUGCAUGAAAUCCAAAAUUCGAGUAUUGAUCAAGUUGUACGAUAAGGAUCAAGUUUACGAAAUUUUAAAUGAGCUUAAAAUAUAUUUGGAUUGUUAUGAACAAAACUGUUCUUUAUUAAUUCAUUUUUACGGAAUAUCUAAACAUCCUGAAAACAAUGAGUAUAUUAUUGUGAGGCAAUAUGCUCAAUGUGGUUCAUUACAAGAUUACAUUUUACAAAAUUUUUAUAGGUUGGACUGGGAAAUCAAACUCCAUUUACUUUUUUAUCUUGCCGAGGAUUUAAAAGCUUUGCAUAACGCAGGAUACGUUCACUGGAAUUUACAUCCGGCUAAUAUUUUGGUACUUGAUAACAGCUUGUGUGCAAUGGGAUCAUUUUCAAAUUGUCAUAAAGCAUUUUCCUUGCUAAAAGAUAUCGAAGUGGUAUUUGAAUGGAGAUCAUAUUUAUCACCAGAAUAUAUACGAAACAAAUCUCACACAAAGUCAAGUAACAUUUAUACAUUUGGGAUGAUAAUGUAUACGGUUGGAGUUGGACAAAUUCCUUUUGAACCUUUCAAAAGAUUUGAAGAUAGUCAGUUUUUAGCCUUAGAUAUUUGUCAGGGAUUACGUCCAGAUAUUUCGGAUGAUGUACCAAAAAUUUUCAAGGAAUUAAUUAUAAAAUGCUGGGAUCCAAACCCAAAUUUGCGUCCUGAUAUCUCUAAAGUAUAUGAUACUCUAUUACAGUGGUGGUCAUCAAUUUAUCAUAAUAAAUGUCUAACCCCAUUAUGUUUGGAAUUUCUUGCGGCUGAUAAUAGGAAUUAUACCAAAUCCCUAGAGAGCAUUCGAAAGCCAGAUAUCAGUAGGACAAAAGAUAUUGUAUUUCCGGCGAACGGUCAAUUAGAACCAUUAGAAUUAAUUAAUUUUGUUGUAGACAAUUAUUUUGAAAAAUUCAUUAAUAAAGAUGAACUGACAUUAAUGGAACAACUUGAUGUUGACGAAUGUACACAAGAGUAUUUACUUGUGUUGCAAUAUGCUGAUGGUGGAAAUUUACGCGAUUACCUUGAUAAACAUUUUCCAUCAUUGACAUGGGAUGAUAAGAUUAGAUUGGCUUAUCAAAUUACUGAGGGAAUAAAGUUUUUACAUGGAGAAAAUAUUCUUCAUCGAGAUUUACAUUCUAAGAAUAUCGUAAUUCAUCAGGGCGAAGCGAAAAUAAUUGAUCUUGGAAUCGCAAAAAGUACCGAAACAGAAACAGAUGUUCAUUCGGAAGUUUUUGGAAUGAUUCCAUAUAUUGAUCCCAAACUUUUAGAAAAUCUCAGUUAUAAACAUCACAAGUCGUCAGAUAUUUAUAGCUUGGGAGUGUUAAUGUGGGAACUAUCCAGUGGUAGGCCUCCCUUUGCAAAACAAAAUGAAGCUGUUUUGAUUUCUCAUUUAAUAGAUGAUGAGUUGAAGGAUGAUAAUAAUUCUACUUCAGAAACAAAUGACUUUUACGAAGAUACAUCACUUGAUUUAUGUAUUAACUUUUUAGUUUACGAUAUAGAUAAUAAACAAAUGUAA